AUGUCUAGGGCAACAAGCGCCGAGUCUCGUGUUCUUGUCAUCUACACAGGCGGCACGAUUGGCAUGGUACUGUCAGGACAGGGCUAUACACCAGAACCGAACUUGCUUACAGAAUCUCUUCGUACCCAAACUCGGUUUCAUGAUCCUCUAGGCACGUCUUUAUUCUCCAACGCGGAAAGCAGUACUUCCUUCAAGACGUGGGCGGCUAGUCAAGCGAGCAGUAGGGCUGCUACUCCACACUCCUUUCCUGGAUCUGUACAGGAGCCAUCGUCAUUGGAAGCUCAUGGACCGACUCUGCUUGUCCGCUCCUCUCGUCCCAUCAUGAUCAAUGGUUCGCAGACACACAACACUGCCGGCAUCUCGUCAACCGGCGUGCCGUACUAUGAAAAGCACAUGCCAAGUCUUAUCACUCCCAGCGUACACGCGUCUGGCGAUGUAAGGAAACGCAUACAUUAUGCUAUUCUGGAAUGGCAACCGUUAUUAGACAGCAGUAAUAUGGAACUUAGCGAUUGGAUUCGUAUCGCAACGGAAAUUGAGCUGAAUUAUCACAACUUCGAUGCCUUUGUCGUUCUGCACGGGACAGAUACGAUGUGUUAUUCUUCCAGCGCAUUGAGCUUCAUGCUCGAAGACCUGGGCAAAACGGUCAUCCUUACUGGGGCACAGAUUCCAUUAUCUCAACUCCGCAACGAUGCGGUGGAGAACCUACUUGGAGCGCUCUCGAUCGCUGGACACUACAUCAUCCCGGAAUGUUGUCUUUACUUCAACCACAAGCUUUUCCGUGGGAAUCGAGUGACCAAAGUCUCCGCAGACGACUUUGAUGCGUUUGAUAGCCCGAAUCUUCAGCCUUUGGUCGAAGUUGGAAUCAACAUCGAGGUGAACUGGUCCAGCGUGCUAAGGCCAAUGGGCUCCAAGGCAUUCAGAGUACAAAAGCAGAUGUGUUCGGAUGUAGCGUCGUUGAGAUUAUUUCCAGGCAUCACGGGCAGCAUCAUCCGAGCCUUCCUCGCUCCCCCACUCGAGGGUGUAGUCCUUGAAACAUUCGGGGCCGGGAAUGCCCCCAACAGACCGGACGUCCUUGAUGCAAUCAAAGAGGCUACGAGUCGAGGGGUUGUCAUUGUGGCAAUCUCGCAAUGUCAUAAAGGCGCAGUAUCCGACUCAUACCAGACCGGUCGGGCUCUUCUAGAUUUGGGAGUGAUACCAGGCGCUGAUAUGACCCCGGAGUGUGCAUUAACCAAACUCGCGUACUUGCUUUCAAAGCGAAUGCCAGUGGAUGAAGUUCGAGGAUUAGUCGGUGUUCCGCUCCGCGGUGAACUGACUGUGCCGACCGACGAGACGACAUUCUCGACCGCUCCAAAUCAUACCCUCGACAUCAUGUCGAGCAUUAUGCGACUAUCAAGCGACCGGCCAAAACCUCCGCGUCGGCAACAGUCAAUGUCCGCGCCAGUCGCUCUCACCACGACUGCAGACGACCAACAAGCUGGUGAUCUCGCCAUGCUCCCUUUCCUAGCCCAGCUAGCGGUGGCAAGAGAUGACGUGGAAACACUGGAUAUGUGUUUGCACCUGGAAGAAGAGUUGUCUGGAUCGAAUUCCAUGCAAGCAUUGGGAUCGCCCCAGCGACAGCGCCGACAAGGACCGAGCUUGGUAAAUCAACUGGAUGUUGCUUCUGGGAGGACAUUGCUGCAUAUUGCAGCCCUUCAGGGAAGCGUAGCUUGUACGCAGCAGUUGCUUGACGGAGGGGCGCUGGUGCACAUGAGAGACGCCUUGGACCACACAGCAUUAUAUUAUGCGGCGAGGCGUGGACAUACGGCAAUCGUGCUGGAACUGCGCAAAGCUGGAGGGCAUCUGUACGGGGCGGAUAUCGAUGAGGGUUAUGCCGACCUUGCAUUCCGGCGAGCACGAGAAGAAGGGGACCGAGAGGCGAUGCGUACUUGGGUGGAAGCUGGCUUUAAGGGGUGA